ACUCCCAAGAAAUUGGGUUGCAUUUCAUUCUUUCAGUCCAUACUGAAAGUUCUGGAAUUGAAAACAAAACAAUGAAGUUUUCUGAAUUGGGAUCAGUUGUAUUCUGCCUUUAUUUCGUUUGCUUCUUCCCUUCUACUCAAGCUAGAUGGCAUUACCAUAAACAGAAACACACUGAUCACCAUCACCAUCACCAACUCUCAGGAAUUUCAGAAUCUCCUUCUCUACCACCUGAACCUGCAACUGUGAAUGCUUCUGAAGAAGCUCCUUCUCGGCCACCUGAAUAUGAUAUUCCAUCUCCAUCUAAGACUGCUGUCCCGCCUUCAGAACAUCCGUCUCUGCCUCCUGAGCCCGCUAUCCCGGCUGAAAUACCUCCUUUGCCUCCACCUGAUUAUGCUACUCCAUCCUCAAAGCCUCCAUCUUUCCAUCCUGAGCCUGCUGUACCAUCUUUACCACAUCCUUCUUUGCCACCUAAACCUGCUACCACAGCUGUAAAACCUCCUUCUCCUUCACCGGAGCCUGCUAACCCACCUGAAAACAUUGCCUACAAUUCAUCAACAGGUGUUUUUGAUGUACGAAAAUUCGGAGCUAUUGGCGAUGGUGAAACGGAUGACACAAAUGCAUUCAAGAUGGCGUGGGACUCGGCAUGCCAAGUUGAUUCCGCAGUUCUCCAUGUUCCGUAUGGUUUCUCCUUCAUGAUUCAAUCCACAAUCUUCACAGGUCCUUGUCAAGAUGGCUUAGUAUUUCAGGUUGAUGGUACUGUUAUGCCACCUGAUGGACCUGACAACUGGCCAAAGAAUACCAGCAGACGCCAAUGGUUGAUCUUUUAUAGAGUCGACAACAUGUCGCUACAAGGGGGAGGUCUAAUCAAUGGCAGAGGAGAGAAAUGGUGGGAUCUUCCUUGCAAACCACACAAGGGAACAAGGGGAACAACGUUUCCAGGACCAUGCGAUAGCCCAAUUGCCAUAAGGUUCUUCAUGAGCUCCAAUUUGACAGUACAAGGACUUAGAAUCGAGGACAGCCCUCAGUUUCACUUCAGAUUCGAUAACUGCAGGAAUGUUCAUAUAGAAUCCCUUCACAUAACUGCUCCGGCUCUGAGUCCCAACACUGAUGGAAUUCACAUAGAAAACACCAAUGAUGUCAGAAUAUACAAUUCAAUAGUCUCCAAUGGGGAUGAUUGUGUAUCGAUCGGUUCCGGUUGUUAUAAUGUGGACAUUAGAAACAUCACAUGUGGACCUGGUCAUGGAAUCAGCAUUGGAAGCUUAGGAAAUCACAACUCAAGAGCCUGUGUUUCAAAUAUUACGGUCAGAGACUCAGUGAUUAAAAUGUCUGAUAACGGAGUAAGGAUCAAGACAUGGCAAGGCGGAUCAGGAGCGGUAUCAGGAAUAACAUUCAGCAACAUUCACAUGGACAAUGUUAGAAAUCCAAUUAUAAUAGACCAGUUCUACUGCCUCACAAAGGGCUGCACAAACCAGACAUCAGCUGUCCUAGUAUCCGACAUAGUAUAUUCUAGCCUGAAGGGUACUUAUGAUAUUCGAAGCCCGCCGAUGCAUUUUGCCUGCAGUGACUCAGUUCCUUGCACCAACUUAACACUCUCUGAUAUUGAGCUUCUCCCUGCUAAAGGAGAUAUUGUGUUGGACCCAGUUUGUUGGAAUGCUUAUGGUAAUCUGCAAACGCUCACCGUUCCACCGGUUUCUUGCUUGAUGGAGGGCUCACCUAGAUCCCUCUUGGAUAGCGAUACGAAUUAUUGCUGAUGAAUGAAUGUUCAUUGGUAAAGCAAUUUCAUGUACACAAACAAUGAAGAAGAAGAACCAUGAAUUUUCUGUUGGUCUCUCAAUUAGAGGAUGUAUGUUUGCAGACUGGUGUGAUCUUUCCCGUCUAUGAAUGUGCUUGUUUCCUUGUUUAACUAGUUAACAUAGAACAUAUAUAGUGCACAUGGAAGUAUGAAUACUAGUUAAC